CUAGAAUGUGAAACGAGAAGGACAGCGCUAAUCAGGGCAAAACAUCGUGGUCCAUUGUGGGAUUUCCAUAUAUGUUCUAAGGAUUUUUGGUGAAUGUUUGUUUUUAGUGACGUUAAAGAUUAAUAGUGAUAGUUUGCGACAAUUACUAUAAACAUUUUUAUGCCGGACAGCCUUCAAAAGGUGUUGUUUUAUGUGAUAUUUGUUUAAAAAUGGUUGAAUCUUGGAGUGCGGUGAAUUGUUGCAAUAGACGCAGAAAAGAUGAGAAAAUGAAGUUUCACAGGAUACCUACAGAUCCUAAAAUGAGGAAGUUGUGGUUACAUGCUAUAAGAAGAGAAAACUUUACUCCCAGUACAAAAACGGUAAUUUGUGAAAAGCAUUUCACUUCAGAGGAUUAUGAACCCGUCUCAAGAAAGAACCUAGCCAUCGAAGGGUUUUGAAAAGAAAACAUGAAUACAUAAUUUCUAGAAUGCUAUGGUAUAACCUAUAUUGUAUUAUAAUGAAAAACUGUGCGUCUACAGUAUUGUUAAUGCCAUUGUGCACAAAUAUUUUGUAUACACACACA